AAGGAGGAGAAGGAGGAGGGGGAGGAGGAGGGAGUGUAUUUAGCAGCCGAGGUGCUUGCUGAGACCCUCCCCCUUCGUUUUUGGAAACUCCGCGGGCGAUGAUGUUGGCGAUGAGAUCACCCAGCAUGCUGGUGAAAAGGUGGAAAGUGAAAGUAAAGUUGUCAGAAGGAGGAUGGGUGCAACCCCGGAGCGGAGCGCACUGACAGCGACUUCACCACAGCGCGUGUGAGUGUGGAUGGUCACUGUGGCAGCAUGACAUCAUGGAGAUACAUGACUCUCCUGUUUCUCUUCGUGUUCCUGAGUCUGAUUGACCCGUCAAAGGAGGGAUGUCUCGAUUAUUUAAAGAUGGACAAAUGGGUAGCAAAUCUGACAGACACUGUGCCCAUCGUUAGCACUAAGGAUCCCAAGGACACGGUGAGAUGCACAAUAGAGAAACAGUACCUAAAUGGAGUAACACAAUAUUGUUUUUGGCUGCGACACUGCUUUGACCUGAAAUGCCCAAAAAUGGAGAGUGAAGAGUGUAAAGGGGACAUUUCUCAAGAAGUCCAUUUCCAUCACUUUGCGUGUUUGGUGGCCAAAGAAAUCGGCCAGCCUCUUAAAGGCUGUGAAUACGACACUGUGUGUGCGCUUCAUUCACGAACACCAUUUACGGCACACCAUUUAGAACAUAAAUAUAAAGAAGACAAUGAAACUACAGACAACAGUGCAAACACCUUGAAGGUGUUAUUGUUGAUUUCUGGGACCUUUAAUGCGAUUGCGCUGGUAGUUAUCUUGUUCAUGUGCUACCGGUGGAGGCAAGGCAAGAAACAGAAGAAUUUAACUCUUGUCUCGAAUGGAAACUUAGCGGGAGCUCAGUCGAUGACAGAGAUCAAGACUGACACACCACUGCCAUCUGAAAAGUGGGCGGAAGAAGAGAAUUCACACUUAAUGACGCCUCACGUGUGUGUCUCCGUCCUCGCACAUUCUGCUGAUACAAAUAAGGAUUGCCGUGCUACUGGAGAGGAAAUGCCACAUUAAGGACCUGACCCACAACAUGGCCUCUGUAUAUUCUUAACGCAACGCAGCUGUGGGAUGUAACAAAGUGUGUGGAUGCCAGCAGGAUCAGCUUUACACUACCUAUAAGAGGACUGCGGAGGUGUAUUACGCCGAGCAUGAACAAGCUGCAGCAUGCCGCCUCUGCCCAUCAGUCUCUGAUCAAGAUGGAGUGAUAAUGUCCUUGCGCCAAGUCAAAGGGAAAUGAAGUGCAAUGGGACUCUGACUGAGCUACUUGUCUGGACCUACUCUUGAUGAAUCUGUGUCUCUUGUGACACGUUUGUUUUUUGCCGACCAAACAGAGGCGCACUGAGAUAGUUACAGUGGAGACGCUCGAUACGGGAGUUUGUUUAACCACAGAGGACAGAGAGGACAGCAGGGUUAAACGCCUGAAUGGAAUAUUUUAUGCCAAACCCAAAUGGUCUAAAUGGUAUAAUGGGUCUGUCCUCCAAAAUAUGACCACAGAGGUGGUUUGUACAAGCAGCUCGUUAGAAGAAGGUAGAAGUUAGAUUUAUUAGUCAUUGCUUUACACAAAGUUUAAAAAACGGAAUUACAUUUGUCCUUGAUCCUGCUACAUAUUU